AUGACAAGCAAGGUGGAUUUGACCCGACGAAUUCGGGAGGUUUUAUUCAACUACCCGGAAGGCACCACCGUACUAAAAGAGCUUAUACAAAACGCUGACGACGCCGGAGCUACCCGGAUUCUCUGCUGUCGGACUCUUUGUCCCAGUGGUAGGGUCCUUAUCUCUUGGCGUACAACGAUGCUGUUCAAUGAGGAGGAUUUCGUUAGUAUCUCCAGAAUUGGUGGGAGUGGGAAGCACCGUCAAGCUUGGAAGACUGGAGACGAACUGGAUAAUGUAGCAAGCCGGGAACCAAAGCCUGUCGUGAGAAAUAGAGAAGGAAACAGCUAA